AUGGUCCUCCGCGUGUCUAAGACCGUCGACGGUGUCGGCGCUGAGGUCGGCCAGCUCCUCUUGGACUUGAGCAAGCGAUCUAUUGCGACGAACGACCGCUUUACCGUGGCGCUCUCCGGCGGCUCUUUGCCAAAGAUCCUGAGCAAGGGCUUGUCCGACAUAGAGGACCACGUUGACUUUGCCAAGUGGUUUGUUUAUUUCGCGGACGAGCGCUGCGUCCCACUGGACCACGACGACAGCAACUACAAGGCGUGCAAAGCGGCGCUCUUGGACGCGAUUCCUGUUCCAGAGCGUCAAGUCUUCGCCAUCGAUGCCUCGCUGACCCCGCAAGCCAUGGCCGAGGACUAUACAAAGAAGCUGGCUGUUGUGUGGGGAAGCGAUCUUCCUCGCUUUGAUCUGAUUUUGCUGGGCAUGGGUCCCGAUGGCCACAUGUGUUCGCUCUUUCCUGGCCAUCCGCUUUUGGAAGAGAAGACGCUGUUUGUGGCCUCCAUAGAAGACUCGCCGAAGCCACCGUCGCAGCGCAUCACGCUCACCUACCCGGUCUUAAACAAUGCUGCCAAUAUUGCAUUCGUCGCUACAGGCGCUAGUAAGGCCGAGCUGAUUCCGCACAUGAUUGGCAUUGAGAAACGAACACCUCCUCUUCCCGCCGCCAACGUAAAGCCUACGGAGGGCAUUGUCUACUGGUUUAUCGACGACGAGGCAGCUGCAAAGCUCUCGGGCGAUGCUAGAAUGUAG